UUAAUUCUUUUUGUCUUUUUUGAGAAGUUAUUCUCAAGCUGAUUAAAAAUGCCUGAAUGCUGCAUUAUUUAAAUCUUUCAGAUAUGAGGGAGGAGACUGUGUACAGCGAUGUGAAGGUGUACAAAAAAGAAACAGACAGUAAGCUGUUAAACAAGAAUAUAUGGUUCCAGUGAAAAUUAUGAAGUACAACAGAGCAUGUGACAGUUUUCAUCAACUAAAAUGAUUUUCUACUAUUUCAGCCACUAAAGAGGAGCAGACUGUGUAUGAUGAAGUGAAGGUGCAAAAUAAAACACCUCAACCAACUUUUGACGUAGCUGGUGAGUCUAAAAAUAUGGAUUUAAGAUCUAACAGACCUCUUUGCUGGGAAUAAAUGAGAAAUUUUUUAAAUGUGGUCUGAAAGAUUAAAUGUUUCAAUCUGAUGUUUCCUAAUCUGGAAGCUGUUUGUGAAAUCUGAAUAAUUUCCCUCGUUUGUCUAUUAUAUAACAGGAUCUUUAGCAGAGAAAUCUUAGCUAAUUUAUGUCAUUAAUACUUCUUAACUUGUGUAUUAAUGUGUUUAUGUUCAGCUGCUCCACCUGAUAAAGAAGGCAGAUGUGGUGACUAUCAGCUGUUGGCCUGUUGCUUUGGGACUCUUUGUGUCAUUUUGCUGCUGGUUGUCAUUGGAGUCUGUGUCUACUUUGCAUCGGUCCAAGGGAGAGAUGGAAACCAGCUGACUCAGCUGAGAGCCAACCAAACCUCUUUACUGAAGGAAAAUCACAAUCUGACAAACCUCAUCGGUGAAAUCAGAUCAGAUAACGAAGGCUUGAAGAAAGAUCGCUACAAUCUGACGGUGCGGUUGGGCAACCUGACGGUGCGGUUGGGCAACCUGACGGAGACAUUAAAUGUCUCAGAAAGCAGGAACACUAACCUGACUGGAGAAAACCUGCAGCUGAAGACCAUAAACAAGAACCUCGCAGAUCAAGUAAAAACAAUGGAGGCAGCAUGGAAUGAAUUCAGUGGGACUCUAGCUCAGAAGAGCGUUGAUGCCUACUGUCCUAAAGUAGGCAGUGUUAGAACAUGCCAAGCUUGUCCAAAGGACUGGCUGUUGAAUCUGGGCAACUGUUAUGCCUACAAUGAUGCUAAAUAUUCUGAUCAGAGAACCUGGGCAGGAGCACGAGAAGACUGCUCAGGGAAGAUUUCAGAUCUGACUGCUGUUGCUGAUCUUACAGAAAUGAAUUACGUCUUUACUAUCAGUGUCCCUCAAACUGGAAUCACUGGAUUCUGGAUCGGUCUCAGAGCCGUAAACGGGAUAUGGAAAUGGAUCAAUGGAACUAACCUGACCAACCAGACGUGGGUGGAUAGACCUGCUGCUGAUGGUCAAUGUGUAACUUCGCUCAGUGGCUCUGGAUGGAGAUCAGUGAGCUGUAGUACUCCAAAUGCAUGGAUCUGUGAAAAGAAGGCUGUAUCAGUUUGAGUUGGGAAAAUUCAGACUUUCAGAAAUAACAAACAUAAUGUUAAUUUAAAUUAUGCUGUAGAGACACUCCUGGAUCUGUAAAAACCUGUGUUUGUCUGUUUAAACCUGAAACAUUCAGUUUCUCAUUUAUACACAUUUGAUUGUUUUGUCACUAUGCGUUUUUCUGCUCUGCUGUUCUUGUUGUUUUUUCUUCAAAUAGUAAAAUAAAUAUUUGAGGCCUAUAGAGCUCCAGACGUCACGUGAUUCUCAGAGAGUAGACACCAUGUUGGCAGGCAACAAAGGUAAACAAAAUGAACGGGACUGGCUUGGAUUUUACUUCGUCAGAGUUUACUUCACACUUUAAAACCGAAGAAAUCGUUUUAUAUAGUCAGAAAAUAAAUAGACUAAACAUCUCCAACCCUUACCGUGCCCCUGGGAUACUUUUUAAAAAUGCCAGAAGCUGUCGGAGCGGACCUGGCCAGGGAACGCCUCAGGAUUUCCCCGGAGGAGCUGGCCCAAGUGGCUGGGGAGAGGGAAGUCUGGGCCUCUUGACUUAGGCUACUGCCCCCGCGUCCCGACUCUGGAUAAGCAGAUGAAAAUGGAUGGAUGGAUGGACAAAUAACAGAUUUACAUGUAAGUAGUUUAAAUAGAGUGCUGUGCUGUUUGAAUGUAUAAACUGAACACCAAGAGAAAUCACUAGUUUGAUUUUUUUCCGUGAAUAAAAUAAAUAUGUCAGGCUGGAGCGUCUCAGGAUCUGUCUGAGAUCUGUCUCGGUGAGACAGAUAAUAGCAAUCCAAAGUGCUUUUUAUGUGUGAUCUGACAAUUGAUCAACCAUUGCUUAAAAUUAAAUACAGCUUAGCCGGUUAAUUGCUGUGAUCAUAAAACACGGAAACGGCAGCACGCAGAAAUCACGAGGCUACGUUUUACGUAAUGUUUACUAGUUGGUGUGAGUAAUAAGACAGAAAAAACCACGCCAAAAUAAGUUUAGGAAGCCCACUAAGAAUAAACGCAUUUAAAAUAAACACCAUACACAGUUGAGGAAACGUUGGUUUAAGUACCUGAUAUGAAGUGGUCGCUGCAUGAGCGAAAACCUUUACUCUCGGGAUCCCACAGUUUCAUUUUAGCCCGGUCACUAGCGCGUUUUAUUACAAUGAUCCAACGUUUGCGGUGUUCCGGAUCUUGGGGAAUCCUGUAGAUGGCUCAUUCCUUAUGUCGUCCGUGUCUGUUCUGCAUCCUGGGGCACAACAGGAAUCUACCAUAUCUCCCGUUUGAGUUUUCUGACAAUAACAAAUAGUCCAGCUGCGGGCUUCUGCCUGCCAAGAUGGCGCCGUUUCGAUUUGAACUGUUGCAUGCCGGGAGAAGUGACGUCAACUCCCGGAGCUCUCUUUGUAACUACCGUAAUCAUUUCAUAUCUUAGAACAGUCACCUGACCCUGUGUGGUGCUUGCACCUGAUCUGAUCCGCUCUGACCAGUACCUACAGUGACUUCUAUAUAGUAGCCGCUUCUCUAAAUAUUGCCUGCCUAUAUUAUUAUCAUUUUAUUGUGUUAAUUUCUCAUUUCUAAUUUUUACUUUAUUUUUUCUAGCACAAAGUACCGCAGCAAUUUCUUAAUGUUGUGAUUUCUCGCACAUAUAGCAACAAGCACUUCUGAUUCUGAAAUGUUGAUUAUUGUGUAAAGAAUCUUGUAAUUGGUCAACUAUCUGAUAAAUGGCAUUUUAAAAACUCU